UGCUUUUUUUUUUUAUUUUUUUUAAGGCAAAAAAAAGACAAUUUGUGAAGGUGAUUGUGAUUUCGACGCUCUGAUCCCAAUUCCCGGCUGCUUUUCUCUUUCCGUGGCUGUUUAUUUCAUGGAGCCGGGGGUAAUUGUGGAAAAAGCACCAAAAGCCAGAGUACCCGACCUAGACAAAAGGAAGUAUCUCGUGCCUUCUGACCUCACAGUUGGCCAAUUCUACUUCUUAAUCCGAAAGCGGAUCCACCUGAGGCCAGAGGAUGCCCUGUUCUUCUUUGUCAAUAAUACCAUCCCUCCCACCAGUGCUACCAUGGGCCAGCUGUAUGAGGUAAGCCUGGCCCAUCUCUUUCUCCUUUUGUUGGAGUGUCCAGAAGAAUGCAUAUGGUAG